AUAAAAUUCGGGCGCUGGGUUGAAUAAGUUUUUAAAUAUUUAUCUAAACGUAUUUUUAGAUUCAAAAUGUCAGCUGUGGCCGCCAUAGUUCCAGGGGGUAGUGCUGUUGAUAUAUCACCUCUAAAGGAUGGAGGUGUAUUAAAGGAGAUUACUACCCCUGGAUCAGGAGACGAGUUACCUCUCACAGGAGACAAGGUGUAUGUCCACUAUGUCGGGAAGCUAACCGAUGGUUCUCAGUUUGACUCCAGUCGGGAUCGAGGAGAGAAAUUCUCCUUCUCCCUUGGUAAGGGUGAGGUGAUCAAGGGUUGGGAUAUAGGAGUAGCAACCAUGAAGGUCGGAGAGAGAGCUGUUUUCUUCAUCAAGUCCGAGUAUGGAUACGGGCCGACCGGAAGCCCCCCCAAAAUACCAGGAGGUGCUACUCUAGUUUUUGAUGUUGAAUUGUUCAGUUUUGAAGGGGAGGAUAUCACUAAGGACAAGGAUGGAGGAGUAGUUAAAAGAAUCCUGGUAGCUGGAGACGGUUAUGAUACGCCCAACGAUGGAGCAUUGGUUGAUAUCAUGGUGACCGGUCAAACUGUAUCGGGCAAGGUAUUUGACACCCGUUGCCUGGAGUUUGAGAUUGGAGAGGGUCCAGACCAUAAUCUACCCAGGGGGGUGGAGCUAGCCCUGGAGAAGAUGAAGAAGGGGGAGGAGGCAGAGAUCACCAUUAAACCUGAGUACGGGUUCGGGAUUCAGAGAUUCAACCACCAGACUUUUACAGAACUAUCUGGUGAAACUGAGUUGAAAUAUAAGAUUAAACUGACCAAGUUUGAAAGAUCCAAGGAGUCCUGGCAAUUAGACGCAGACCAGAAAGUCGAACAGGCGAAGAUGUUCAAGGAGAAAGGAACAAAGUAUUAUAAAGCUGAGAAGUAUGAGAUGGCUGCCUCGAGAUAUAACAAGGUAAUAGACUUCCUGGAGCAUGAGAUCUCCUUGAAGGAUGAGGCUGAGGUUGAAAGGAAGAGCCUCCUCGAGGCGGGCAGGAUGAAUCUUGCUCUCUGUAAGAUGAAACUCCAGGACUGGAUCGAGGCCAGGAAUCUCUGCACUAAGGUUAGUUUAGCAAGGAAAGGAAAGGAUUUUACUUUUGUUUAUUGUCAGGUUCUGUUAUGUGAGCAGAAGAUCAAAACUCACAGACAGAAAGAGAAGAAGACGUUUGCCAACAUGUUUGACAAGUUUGCCGCAAUUGAUCAGAAGAGGGAGGAAACGGAAAAGAUGAGGAAACCGGAUACAAUGAACAACAUCGACGAAUGGAAUAGCGGAGCCAGAAACUCAGUCCCUGCUACAGACCCAAACUCAAUUAAGGUUGUUGGUGAUGUUGACAUGAACCUUGAUAUUAACCAGGCUAUCCAGGAGGACCAGGAGCACCAGCAGGAGAACGGAGAUGGUACUGCAUAAGUAAUAGAUCUUAAUACUGAAGAGGCGUGUGCCUUCACAGUAGGGUGUGUACUCUUAAUGGGCGUGUUUCUAGUUUCUACACAAUAGGGCGUAUCCCUGCAUUCUGCCUGACUACUCAAGUCAUAGAUCUCCUUACUCUAGUUUGUGUGUAAAAUGUAAACUGUGAUUUUUUUAUUCAUUUCAAAUACAUGUUCAACAAAUUUG